AUGGCAGCUCUACGCUCUACGUCGUCGCGGCUGCUCGCCUCCACCUCCAUGCCACGCUCAACGAUACUUCCUUCAGUAUUCGUGAGAUCAAUGGCAUCUUUAGGUGAAUCAACCAUCGGAGCAAAUCCAAAAGGAAGCAACGACUCGCGAAUGAAAUCCUUCCAAAUCUAUCGAUGGAAUCCUGACACCCCCACGGAGAAGCCAAGAAUGCAAACAUACACGUUAGAUCUGAACAAGACAGGUCCCAUGGUGCUCGACGCCCUAGUCAGAAUCAAGAACGAACUCGACCCGACAUUGACGUUCCGCAGAAGCUGCAGAGAAGGCAUUUGUGGUAGUUGCGCCAUGAACAUUAACGGAACAAAUACCUUGGCAUGCUUGUGCCGUAUUCCCACAGAAACAAACGCCGAGUUGAAAAUCUACCCGCUACCCCACACCUACGUCGUCAAGGACCUAGUCCCUGACUUGACGCAUUUCUACAAGCAAUACAAGUCCAUUAAGCCGUAUCUUCAGAGAGAUACGCCAGCACCUGAUGGAAAAGAAUACCGACAGAGCAAAGCCGAGCGCAGAAAAUUAGAUGGUCUAUACGAAUGCAUUCUUUGCGCUUGCUGCUCCACAUCAUGCCCCUCGUACUGGUGGAACUCUGAAGAAUAUCUGGGCCCCGCCAUUCUCCUGCAAUCGUACCGCUGGCUAGCUGAUUCCCGAGACGAGAGGAAGAUGGAGCGCAAAGCCGCCCUUGACAACUCAAUGAGUCUGUACCGAUGCCACACCAUCCUUAACUGUACCCGAACUUGCCCCAAGGGUCUGAACCCAGGCUUGGCCAUUGCCGAGAUCAAGAAGGAGAUGUCUUUCUAA